UCUUGUGUUCGUCUUGAUGUCUUAACCCCCUUCUGUCUAACGCUGUUGUGUUUGAGGAUUUGGAUUUCUAGGACUGAGUGGAGGCGGAUCCAUCAGACUCAGAGCUCCAAUAAUAAAGAGAGUGCUCAGAUGAAGGGAGGGGUGAAGAGGGUGAGGAAGGGGCUGCUCCCCUUUUUGAGUCAGACUCCUCUUCUCAGGAUGGCACACAGACCUCAAGACCUCCGCUUUCGGAUCGUCCUCUGGAUUUACAGCCGCUGAAACUUCUCCUCCUCUGAAGGACUCUUCUUCAAAACUUGUUUGGGAUUUUUCCUUUCAAGAAGAGAGGUGGACCCCAGAGAGCUGGACCCGAAUCGCACUGACUCAGGUCACUGAAGGUCUGGAGCGCGUGGAGAGGCGCGUGUCGUCCAGCCGUCACCUCUGUGUUUGUGCGUUAAGAUGCUGAACGACAUCAAGGUGGAGGACAGACUGAGGACAGACAGCUGUCUGCAGGAGAGAGCCGGUCAGUCUCACUGUGUGAACACUCAGGACAACACUGCGAAGUUUAACAAGUUUGAUUUGUGCUUUUUUAAUUCUUUAUAACCUAUAUGUUUAAAUGUUGUGUUUGUAUUUUUGACCAUACUUCAUCUCAAAUCCAAAUGACGCACGAAUGAAAACGUAAAAUCUAUCGCCUUACCGCAGUCAUCAAUAAUCGAUAAUUAGCCUGUACAGGAAAUCAUGUAUCAUCAGUUCAAUGAAAUCUGUAUUUUCAUCCAAAAUAUCGAUCUCCCCCCAGCUGUCUGCAGCACCAUCUUAUUUUUCAGCUUUAUACUAUUUCUCUCUUUCCUGUUUGACCCAAAGUAAGGAAGACAAAUCGGUAUAUUUUAACGCUUUUCUGCAGCUCAAAGAAACACGAAUUUCAAACAAAUCUGAUGUUUACUGUCAGCUGUGUGGUUUUACUCUCAGGACCUGCAGAGACUCGGUGAAGCUGCACGGCCGCAGAUCUGUGUGUUUCCUCGAUCACAUCCAAAUGAGAUAGAAAGAAAACAGCUGAAUCAAAACAAAUUAAAGAAAUUUCACAUUCAGAUCAAACGGGUAAAAUUUUGUGCAUUACAUCUGAUUUUUCAUAUUUGUGUUAUUGUUUAUUUCCGAGUUAAAUUGAACUGAUUGUCUCUGUCAGCUCGGAGCUGAACUUUGCAAACAGACCUUUAAUUUGUCCAGCAGCAGCAGCUCGGAGCUCAGACAGAUUCUAAGCUCUGAUCGGGGGUUUUAAAACAUGUAGGGACUGAUUCAGCGCGUUGAAUCAGAGCUGAGUGUAAGCGUGGUGUGUUAUUAUGUGUUUCGGUCUUUUCGUUCUUGGUUUGUUACCGGCUCGUGUUGCUGCAGGAUCUAAUGAGCUCGUUGGAGUUCAGGUAAAAUGUUAUUUUUUUUAUAGAUGAAAACUUACACUAACUUAGUCAAACAUGCACUGGAAAUACUUUAAACAUGCUCAGUCAGUGAUAUCUGAAAUCGUUAAGAAUCUUUUUAAUAUAUUUCUGACGCUAAGUCACAUCUGCUGGAUUUAAAGCAAAAAGAAGCUGAUUUCCACCCGCUGUGUUUAGGAUUAAAUGUGUGUAUCCACAGCUUCAGUGAAAAGGACAAUGACAGAAAUGUGGCAGCUGCUUUCUGCACACCUCCACAACACCCACAUUUGUCAUGUCUGUCUUUCCUCACUCUUUUUUUCUGAUAGAAGUUUAAAGUUUACCAAACUAUUUUUUGUUGGCGUUAAAUUCACUGUUUAUGCAAAUGUCAACGAAGUAAAAUCUGAUAACAAAAAAGAAAAACGACCAGCACCGUUUCCUUAAAUAAUAAGCUAUCAAACAAAAAGAAAGUGUAUCUUUGUAAUUUCAAAAUAUUUUUUCUUACUAUAUUCGUUGGAGAAUUAUGCCUCCAUUCCCAGUUUCAUGAUGAAAAGCUGAAUUCUGAUUUUGUGUUUUUAAUGUAAAAACAAGAAAAUAAAUGUCUCCUCAGAAAAAAAGGCUGCAGAGAUCUGCGUGGGUUCCGUUUCUAUUUUUCUCCAAUUACAAACACACAAAUAAUUCAAGUUACUACAGCUGAGAUCGACCCUGAAACCUGCAAGUCAAAACGAGUUCAAUACGAUCACAUCACCUUUUUUUUUCUUUCUGGAUCAGCUGAACUUUUUUUGACAAUAAAACAUUUAAAAACACAUUGUGCGGAUUUUUUUCAAGAUACCAUAAAUAUGAUGAACAUACUGUAAGAUUUCUGUAACCUAAUUUAUCAAUUUAAAAAAAAGACUAACCUGGAUCAGUUUCAGAGAAGUUCCACCGGAAGCUUUGACCCGGAUAGGUUCCCUUCAGGUCAGGAAGGUCCUUGAGUUUUUUUUUCCUUCCUUUUUUAAAAUCUUCACAAAAACAGAAAUUUGGGAGAAAUUAAAAAUCGUUUUCAAACAUGCAGAAAAAUCUGAAACACUGUCAGCUGAGUUUGAGCACGUGCAAAUCACGGACAAAAACAAGGCACGUGCGCUUGUAUGCUAUUAAUGUCACCAAUCUUUCGGUCGCUGCAGGACCCAAACUCUCCUUCUGUCUUCAUUUUAUUGAGACUCUCCUUCAACAGAGAGGUCCCGGACUCAGUCUCCAUCUCUCUCUGUUUUCCAGACUCGUGCUCCCCUCGGCAGCAGCUCGUGUGUGAGGGCUGCACGCGGAUCAUCUCCGACCGGUUCCUGCUGCGGGUCAACGGCGCGUCCUGGCACGAGGAGUGUCUGCAGUGCGCCGCGUGCCAGCAGCCGCUCACCGCCACCUGCUUCUGCAGAGACUCCAAACUGUACUGCAGAGAGGACUACCGGAGGUAAGGAGAGACCGGGACACGGGGACAAGGCCGGGCUGGUGUUUGUUUACUCUCAGUGUAGUCAAACCGUGAAGGAGGACUCACUCUGCUCUGUUUUUUUCACGAGUCUGAUUUUUUAUUUCAUCAUAUCUCAGAGUGAAUUUGUAGUAUUGAGGAGAAGAGUGAGGGCUGGUUAUGUGGAUAGAAGUUUCUCUCGUAGACUAAUGUCCCAAACGCCUUUCUUUUUCCCUCUCCAUAACCAAAUACACGUCGUUUCCCACAGUGAUCUAUCAGUGACUGACAGUGACUGACUUUUGUGCAAAACUCACUGCUAAUCAGAGAAAUGAGGAUGUUAGAAAUUAUCCAGCACCCCAAAGAAAUCACAGUGUUUGAAUGAUCAUUUUGGCUCUUUGCAGAAGGUCAUGGUUCACUCAAUAGCUUACUUAAUGGUUUACUUUCAUACAUAUUUCAUUAAUUUCAUUCAUACAUUUGCAUGAAAGAUACUCAAUGAGUAUUACUCAUGUAGCCUUAAAUGUAUUUGCUUCAAAAAAUACAGCAUGGGAUCAGAUUCAGAUGCAGCAGAAUAUGAUGAUCAGAGGUCUGUAAGAACAGCAGCUCAGAAUCAGAACAAGAAUGUCCUUUAUUGUCGUCAUACUAAGAGUAAAUCAAGAUUGCAGAGCUUCUCCUUUUCCAGUUCAAUAGACAAGUAAAAAUAAGGUAGUAAAAGUGCAAAUAUUUGAAAGAAAAAGGUACGAUAUAUACAAGACAAGAAUUCUACAGAACAUUAAAAUAAAACGUAUGUAUAAGAAUAAAAUAGAAAGAUAAAUACUAAAAAUAAUAUAAAAAAUAAAUAUAUAUAUAUAUAUAUAUGUGUGUUUGAAUAUUUAAUAUGUAUGUACAUUUUUUAUAUGUAUAUGGACAUGUAUUGCACAAGUUAAGGAUAUAUAAUCAACACAGCAGCAGUAAUGUUGGUAAUAUUGCCCUUGUUACCUCAUCUUGAGGGCUGGAGCUGGUUUAUGGGAGUUUAAGAUGGUGAUGGCUCGAGGGAAGAAGCCUCGAGCCUCAGCUCUGAUUGGAUGAAUUUGCUGCAUGGAAACUUGGAGACCAUAUUGCUGUAUUUCAUAUUUUUUAUAUUCCAGAUUAAUUUGGAAUAGAUGGUGGCUCUAAAACACCCAUGCUGCUCCUGCUGAUGGCCAUUUUUAUGUGCACAGACUCUCCUUCAUCAGCUGGUGGAGAUCUCUGUUGUUGCUUCUGGUCUGUUGUUUCUUUUAAACUGAGUUGACUGGAUUCAUUGAGGUCAUUUUCUGCAGAGGGUCAGUGUGCUGGUCUGCAUGUUUGGAUGAUCAGACCACUCGUAUUCUGCUUCUAGCCUUUUAAUAAUAAUAGUACGGUUGUUGGUGGACUCUGCUCCUCUGUAUUGUUUUCAUGCCCAUCUUGUAUUGGCUUCUGUGGCACCACUUUUUAAAUUUUUUUUUGCUGAAUUUUAAGAGCAUAUAAAACACAAUCUAAAGCAAUCAUUACUGUAAUCUGAAUAUGUCAGAUACAGUCUUUAAGUAGAGCUAAAGAAACUCUUCUCACUGCUUGUAGAGGUCAAGGUUCUUCAUUUAAUUUUCCAAAUAUUAAAACAGAGGACUUCUUGUUUGCAGAAGUUUUGCAUUCUGGGUCCAAAAAGACUUACCCGCUAAAUGGAGAGAGUGUGCAGAGUCAUGUGUUUCAGACAAUUCGAGUAAUAGUCAGUAUGCAUGCAUGUUUAAAUAUAUCAUUAGAACUGAAGUAAGAAGAUAAUAUGAUAAACAUAAUGUUUUAAAUUCAAGAAGCGAAAGAAAAGAAGUCAAAACAUCCAGAGACCAAGAAUUAACAGAGUGAUUUAACAGGAGAAAAAGUCAUGUUUUUCUGUUAAAUUCAGGUUUUCUGUUGAUCUGAAAACAUGUGCAAAUUUCAUCAAACAUGAGCAAAUAAAAAAAGGAAAAAACAGUGAUCUGGAUUAUUUUAGGAAGAGUACCUGUAGGAUUUGUAGAUCUGGAGGAACAGAUGGAAGCAGAAGAAGACAAAGAAAACAUGAUCAGACCGUCAGCAUCUGAAUCUGUUUGCUGUAUGGGGUUGUUUUUGUGGUGUGUCAGCUGUGUCUCUGCUACGAUAUGAGCUGUUUUAUUGUUGCUGCUGUUAUUUUUAAAAUUAUGAUGGAUUAUUUUGAUUACUGUCAAGGUUUGUGUCCUGUGUGCCGUCACCUUGUCCCCGACAGUGAAUGAGUGACGUCCUCAAGCUAUAAACUCUGUCAUGUCAGCCCUCACACUAAACAUGCUUCACUGUGGAGACUCUGUCUGCAGCGACAGGGAGAGCAGACCGUACACAGAUCAUCACAGACCUUAGAAACUGUCCCUCUGUUAAGUACAGUUUCAUUUUAGAAAUAUUAAAGAUUGAUAGAAAGAUAGAAAUACAGAGACAUGCAGGGUUGAGAGAUAAAAUACUAUAUUUAAGAGAUAAAAUAAAGAUAAAAAUAAAUUUACAAAUUCAAAUGUAAUGUAGAAGCUGUUUGUUCCUUUGUACACACCCAUGGCGCCCAUCAAAUACAUGUCUGUGUCCUAAGGUGCGUGGAGUAAGUGUGAUAAAGAGCGUGGUAAUAUUUAGAUUUCUCAUGUCGAUGCUGUUAUAUAUAAUUCCUUUUUGAAUUUGAUUCUCUCUUCUUUUAUUCAGGUUUCCCCUUUAUUUAUGUCUCUGGUGCUUUAUUUUGCUCUGAUAAUCUGCAGAAGGGGCAACACAGUUAACCAGUUUGAUACCAAUAAUAAAUCCACCAAUUUAUCUGUUUAUAGGUUUAUAGGCUAAAAGGUGAAGGGCAGUUAAGUUUAAAAAAGCAGCUGCAGUAUUAGUUUAUAAUAAUGAUUUUUAGGAGUUAAUAAAAAUGCUGUAUGUAAAUGAAAGGAUAGGUGUAUUUUUAUUCUUCAGCUGAGGAUGUGGACUUAUCAAAGCAGAAUUAGUAGCUGAGAGAUGAUCAUAGCAUUUGUUUUGUUCUAUAAUCUUAUUACGUUCUCUUGAGGAAUGGGUGUCAUUAUUUCAUCAGUACCAUUAUAAGUACUGCCUACUUAUACUGAUGCUUAUCAAUACUCUGAUCAGUAUCGCUCACUAUAUUUGGUGCAAAAGAUUAAGACCUGACAUGAAAAAUAUAGAUUACAUUUCUGGCCUCUCAUUCUGGCCUGAUUAAAUCUGCUCCUACAGUCAUGUCUCUCAUUGGUGAAUUCUCUUUCCUGCUUUAACGCCUAAAUUUGAUUGGCUGAAAUGAUCCCAGAGAGUUACACUCCACCCACAUCACAAACCUGAAAUAUAUGACACAUGAGAUUUUAUCAUUUUAAGCAAAUAGAAUUAUAUUAUUAUUGGAAAAAAAAGAAUUAUAUGAUUUAGGGGUUGAUUAUUAGUCAGUUAAUUAUCAUGAUUUUACCAGGAUAGAAGUGAUGGGAUAAAUUCAUGGUUAAGCCAGUUAAGAGCGGCAACUGUUCAAACUGUGAUAGAAAGAACUGGUCAGCUGUGUGGUCGACACUCAUCAGCAUAAAACACUGUUAUCUUUGUUGUUUGACACUAUUGGAAUUUUGAUCUAUUAUGUAAAUCUCAAUCAGAUAUGCUUCAUAAAAGAAAUCCCAGAGUGAUAUCAGGAGUUGAUCAUGUCUCCUCAUGGCAUCGUGUCCUUAAUCCCUGAGAUUUUGCUGCUCUCUCUCUCUCUCUCUCUUUGUCGAUUCUUUUCUUUCUGCGCUGCAGCUCAUUGUGUCUUAAAAUUAUUUUCAAUUACAAUCUUAGUUUCUCUUAGUUUAAAAACAUUUAUUUUAUUGUAUUUAUACAGUUUUAUUGUUACUUUCCAACUCCAUUUAGUGAAUUUAAAUGAAAAUUAAAAAGAUACAGAUUACAUUAAUAACUUGAAUACAAUGACAAAUGUUGUAAAACUGAGGACCCCAAAAAUAAAUCUUUACAUGAAGCGACAUAAAAUGAAAACAGAACAGAAAUAGUAGUUUACUAAAGCAAGUGUGCUGCUGUGACUCUGCUCUUUUUCCUCAUGUGUCUGUGUGCGUCUUUUAAGUCAAAGUAUUUUGAAUAUUUAAAGCUGACUCUGGUGUUGAGUUUAGGAAACUUCAGCUUACACUAUUUUAGCGCUGAAAGAGGUAUGCAUUUUUUAUCCAACAUUUAGAGAAGCCAAGCACGUCUCAGACAUAGCUGUAGGCCUGGGCGUUUUGGCCAAAAAGAUGAUCACGAUAUACUUUGUCAUAUUGUCCGAUCUCGAUUAUUAUCCAGAUUUUUUUUUAAACUGCCAGUUUUAAAGCAUCUGCACUUAAAACUAAAGAAUAAAUUGAUAAAUACUAAAUAAAACGUUAAAUAACUUUUCUUCUCAACAAUAACAUCUUUGGAGGAUGACUCAAAGUCAUGGCUGACAUCUAUUUUACUGCCCUCAGCUCCAUGUUCGGUUACUCUGUUUACUUGUCCAGCAAUUUACAGAAGUGAGCAGGAAAAGCUCGACUCUGAUUGGCCGUUGUGAUGCACAUUAAUCACAGCUCACAGCUGAUCACUGUGAUCGGACUGAAAUUUAUCACGAUCGUUAAUCACGAUCAUAUAAUCGCCCAGUCCUACAUAGCCGUCUAUUUCUCUGUUUCUCUGAUGUCCUGAUGCUGGUUCCUCAAACUGUGCUGCCUCUGACUGAAACUGUACUUAUUUAUCAUUCACUCUUCGCCCCUCUCUUUGCUCCAUCUCUUUUUUUUUAACGUGUAAAUGAGCAGUAGCCUUUUGUGGGACGUGUGGCUGUAAAAGUUCACAGGUUUGUUUCAUCGUAAAACAGAUGACCUGGUGACUUUAGCAUCAAUCAAAUCAAAGCGCUGCCCCCUGCAGGUGAGGAUCCAGGAGUAAAUCCUGGACCUGGGCUCAGCGGGCGUCCUCCUUCUCUGAGCGGGGGUUUAAGUAAAGAGGAGGGGGUGCUCAGAGUCUGCUCACAGGACCGACAGAGGUCUCAGCAGGAGCUGCUCAAAGCUCCGCUGUGUUUGGAUUCCUCAGCUGAUCAACGGCCCGGCUCUGAGCUACAAAAACAAGCUGAGUGAAAACUUUAGGGAUUAUGUUUCAUUACCUCUGCAGAGAGAGAGCGAGCAGCCACAGGUCGUCCUCCUCCCUCAGCCUCCACACCACCAAACACCAUCUAACACCAGCAAACACUCUCAGUGAUUAAUGCUGCUGCUCCUCUGACCCUCCUCCACUUCAAACACAAACUACAUGAAACCAGAACAGGAGCUGAGGAGGGACAGACUUCAGAUCAGACCUGACCUGAGACCAGCUCUGCAUUCCUCUAUCACUCUGAGACCGACUCUAAAACAGGAGAGGGACACAAAUCAUGAUGAGGCUGGAGGACUGAAUGUUUGUCAGUCCGUGUGGAUGGAGAUAGAUGAAUCUGCUCCUGCACAUUCAGGAGGGCUCAUUAAUCAUGCUUUAAUACUACAACAGUGCUGUCUAACUUUUGGUCCACCUCCCAAGAGGUGCAGAUGUGGAGUCAAGGUGGGCCUUCAGCCUCCAUGCUAGCAGCUACAGUGUUCCUGCCUGUCAAUCAAGUCAGCCACGCCUCUAACGCUGCAAAACUCACCUUAAAAAAUCACAGUGACUGAAACCUUUUCUUGAAGCAGGCUGUAAAUUUUUAUGAUCUAAAGAGGGUUUUGUUUUUUUUAAUGAGUGUGUGUGGUUUGUGCUUCUGGUGGACACUUGAGGAACUGCAGUUUUUAGCACUUCAUCUUUAGGUUUAUUUCUCAAGACCGGAGGUUGCCGCUUGGUUUGAAGCAGACACUCACAGUUAUGAAAAGUUUUGUGACUCUUGUGUCAGUGUUUCCUCUUACUACUCUCCCUUUGGCAAAACUUUUUUUGUCAGAUGGUAGAGGAAAGUCCCGCCCUCCUUCGACUCUGAUUGGCUAGAAGUGCUGUGCUCUGAUUGGUUAUUCCAAAUGGCUGUGAAACGUCAUCGUCUGUCGGGUUAGGGUUAGGGUAAGGGUUAGGAUGAGGAUGAGGAUGAGGGUUAGGGUAAGGAGAUUCAGAAGUGCGAUAAUGUUCUGUUAUGUUCUGUUUAACGUACAGAGCCGACAGCCUGCAUUUGGCUUGAGCAUGUGAUGACGUUUUCAGCUUUUCUAGCCAAUCAGAGGCGAAGGAGGCGGGACUUUCACCUACCGUCCUACAAAAAAAAAUCGCCUCCCUUUCCUGUGAUAAUCUGGCGCACGCAGCACUACAGGACCCUCAUUGGUCAACACGUCUCUGUAAUUCAUGGUGUCAUAGCCUCUGUUAUUGUAUCAAAAAAUAACUUUAUUGCAAACUUUUUAUAAAAGCAACCACAGUGAUAUUAAUCAACUGUAAUGACUGAAACCAUGUUUAGAAAUUUUUAUUUGACCUGGAUUUGGAUUUUUGAGUUUGACGUUUGUCCUAUGGGUUAGCUCAGAGGAGGCGGGGCUUAUGUCAGUAAUCAAAUUUGCAUGAUAACCAUUCACCAUAAGAAUACUGUGCACUUUUUGAGAGUCUGUUUCUGAUGGGAAUCCUGAGUAGAAGUCUAUCACACAUUUCUGAUCCUGUGUUUGUGAGCAGCUGAAAUGGCUUGAUGUCAUGACUCCUUGUGGCGAAAAAAGUGGGUUUUCUACGAUGUUUGUGAAACGAGGAAAAAACCGAGGGGGAAUUUUUAACCACAGGAGUCACCCAGCUGCUUUUAAGACUCAGAUGUUUACGAUUGAGUGAGAGUCAGUAGGCAGUAAAUAGCGUCUGGUCCGUGGGAUAACACCACAUUGUCAUUGCUCAUAGUUUUGUACGUGAAAUCACAUUUCUCUCAUCCCCGGAAACACCUCUGCACCAAGCAUAGACAGCUGUGUCCCCAGCAUGGAGACUUUUCUGCAGAAAAUUCACAGCGGGGUAGACGAUGAAAGUGCAAACCACGGCUGCAGAGCCAAACCACAGCGUAAGGAGGAGGCGGGGAGCAGAGACUGUAGAGUGGCGUGGACUGAAACAGUCAGAUUUAUAGAGUAUGGUGAGGGUGAGACAACACGUCCAAGGAGCUCGUUAAAUUAGUGAGAGCAGCGACCAGGCAGAGAGACAUAUGAAGCAGAUCCUCCCGUCCCUCUGAUCAGGACAGACAGACAAACGUCACAGUGUGGACUCAGUUUUAUAUCUUCCACUGUCUUUACCCAACAGUCAUAAAAUGCUCACUGAUGUUUUAACACUAAAGGGCACCCUUUAGUUUUCAUUUUAACAUACCCUUGAAGAGCUGUUUUUAGGUACUCUUUUGGCUUCCUUUUUGAGCAAAUUGGUAUGUUUGACUGGAAUUCCUUUAUAUCUGCCUCAGGUGAAAAAGUGCCUUUUUGGGUCUAUUUUAAAGUACCUGUAAGCAUCUGUAUAAGGUUCUUUUAGUGACUUUGGGACUUUCAACAUUAACCUGAGCUUUGGCUCUAUGUGCCCCUUUUUAGGCACAUCAGUACCAUUUCAGUGUUUUUUCAAAGUGCACUAUAGCAUCUGCUUUGAGGUACCUGUGUACAUUUUACUAAAGUAGAAAGUAGAUCAUUGGAUUUUGUCUUUAGAGUCAUUCUCCUCAGACUGACUAACUUCGAGGUUUGUUUUCUUAAAGCCUGUUUAUUUCAGAAGGUUCACGCAAACAGUGAGUUGCAGUAAUCUGUCUCAGUCUAGUCAAGUUUAUACCACUCUGGCUGCUCUGAAUGUGGUAGUAGAGUUUUCUUGCGCUCAGAGGACAGCCCCUCUGUGCAGAUACAUGUUUGCCAGUCUUUGGCUGCACUCCCCUCUCCGUCUCCCCCGUUUCUCCCCCUUAAAUGGUUUUAAAGUUGCAGCCUCCCCUGGGACUCCGGCUGGCAUUUAGCAUGCCGGGACCCCAAGGGCUCAUCCAAAACCUGCACGCUCCAAGCUGUCCACCAUAGUAGCUCCUCGCUCUCAGAGGAGACCUUUAACACUUACACACACGCACACACACACACCAGCACAAACACACACUCUCUUUUUCCCACCACUCUCUCCUUUCCUGCCUUUGGAAAUGAAAGAAGUGUGUUUUGAGGGUGUUACAGUCAGUACCUCUUUAAUUUUCUUAAUGAUUUUGCUGCAGAUCCUUCAGAUGAAUUUGUCCCUCAUCAUUGGAACAAACAGACAUCUGCAAUCAGUCUGAAAUCAUGACCGAUUUUCGUGUCAAUCAAAAUCUGUAUUUUCUUUGCUCCUGGUUUAAACCUGCAGGUGUAAAGAAAAUGCUCGUAGGACUGAGUGAUACCAUCAAAAAUGUUUUCGUAAUGUUUAUAACAGCCAAUAUUAAUAAUUAUCUAGAAAGAUGUCAAAUAUGAGGGUUUAUCUUUGCUCUGGGGUGAAAUUUGAAGUAGCUCAAACUGGGGUCAUAUGCUGAGAAAAGCUUCUUGAAUCCCUCAUUUUCCUCAGUGUUAAUCAGAAGCACGUCUUGUUAUGGAAUAUGCUACUUCACAUGUCAGGUCUUUGCAUCUUUUUCCUAUUUUAGACAUACUUUUUUGUUAAGCAUGGUGCUGGGAAAUGCUGAUGUGGGGAUUUGUUGUUGGUAAGUCUCUUUUCAGAGCUCCAUGAGGCUUCACUGGCACUCAUCUGAGACUGUCAUUUCUCUUUUUCUGUGUGGAUGAGCGGGACUUAUUGUUUCAAAUGAUGAAAAAUUUUGUGAUCUUGUCUUAGUUGGCAGGUCUUCAGCACAGUUUGCAGUGCAUGCUGCUCUGUCUGACUGUAAAUAGCCGAAAUAUCUCCAAACAGCUGAAGUUGAGCACUCUUUUUUUUAUGGACGGUAAAAAUGUAUUAUCCAAAUUUCAGACAAUACUGCCAUCUCCAUCCUGCUGCACAGAGACACAGACCCCUCAUUACAUUUUGCUAAAGUUCUGUUUUGUUCAGUGAUUUGAAGGCAACGACCUCCCUUUACAUUGCAAUAAAUCUCAGGAAACUAAGCUGAACGCUCGAUCAAUGGCAGCUCACAGUGAAAGAAAAAGUCAGGCUCUUACAGGAACCCUCCGGUAUCUCAGAGGACAGAAUCCGGUUUGGGAUGUUGGCAAUAACAGAAAGUGUCUGACCCACCACACAUAUUCCUGUCUUAGUAUGACCUCUGACCUUCUGGCAGACGAUAGAGUCCUCCAAUGCAAAAUGAGCAGCUUCAAAACUCCUUAGAGAUCAUCUCCAUUAACAGAAAAAACGUCUCUCGAGGCUUUGAGGCUUCUGUCGUUACACUGAGAUGUUCUUAUCUUAGCUUUUAUCUCCCAUUGAAGCUGCUGUCUGAUGCAGUGCAGACAAUGUACAGUAUGUAUUUUUUGUGAUCCCUGUCUGUAACUGUUGGUUGGCAUUAAUGUGGAUGCAGUUUGGCAUGUGUAGCUCUUCAAUACAAGACAAAAAAUCCCAGAAGUCGAGAUAAAGUUGUUGAACGGUCUCUGAUCUUUACGUAUUGUAUUGUAUCAUAUAUCUUCAUAUAUCUUCUUCAUAUAUCAUAUACAUUGUGUAGUUUAAUAUUGUAUCAUCUCAUAUCAUAUCUUAUCUCAUAUUAUAUCCUAUCAUAUCAUGUCAUAUUGUCUCAUUUGGUAUCAGAUGUUGUUUAAUACCAAGUCACAUGGUAUCUCACAUCAAGCCACAUCCAAUAAUUUUGUGUCUCUUAUCCUAUCACAUCAUAUCACACUGUAUUAUAGGUGGUCUCAUAUUAUAUCAUAUAGUAUCACAUCAUGUCAUAUCAUAUUGGUUCAUUUUGUAUCAUAUUGAUUUGCAUUGUAUGGUACAUUUUUAUCAUAAUUACUGUAUUUGGAGGUUUGAUUACAGAUUUGAGCAUUUCAAAGUUUUAUUGAAGGUUUCUCUAAAAAAAAAAAAAAGACCUAAUUUUUGUGAAGUUUUAUUGCUCAGCCCUAGUUACAUGUUUUUAUAUGAUCCCUUGACUACAAUUGAGACUUGAGCUGAUUCGUGUUGUUUCGUUUCUAUAUUUGCAGCACAUUUUUUGACUGCAGCAAACAAAGAAAACAUUCAGACUCUAACAUCAUGGAUAAUAAAAGUAAUGGCAAUUACAUCUUUUCAUAAUAUCAAGGAUACCUUUGUAGUGUUUCUGUUUCUUAUCUGCUUAUUUCCAAUCAUCUGAUGAUAUUUCAGCUUUUUGGGAGCAGAAAUGAUUUUUCUCUGAUUCCUUUUUCGAUAUUUGGGCUGAGAAAUUUAAUUUUAUCUGCUUGUUUUUGCUUUUUUAUCCACCUUAGAGAACAAAUUCAUCGUCAGCUGCCUGUAUUUCAAAAGUGUAUAUGUAGAUGAUUCGAUUUUUAUCUCUAUUGAAACUGACGAAUCUUCACUUCUUCAGAGAGAUCAGGGCUGCAGGGGGGCUGUGGUACAUGCACAAAACAAGUGCUGGUACUGGAUAAAAAACUGGAUCAGAUAUUUUAUGAUUUCCCGCUGAGCUGAACUAAAGUCAGAAAUCUUCACACAUAGUAGCUUUAAAAAAAUAAGUGUUAUAUCUCCUCCCCUCCCUCUGACAUCCUGUGCUUUGGUAAACAUGAUCCUGCUGUGCUGCAUCUCGUUCGAACAGUUACUCUUGCUGCCAUUUGGCUCUUGCAGAGCUGGAGGUUGCCAUGUGCAGCUUUAAGGGGGAUAACUCUGAACUCUCCAAAUACACUUAGCAAACAGAGACAUCUUUGGUUUUCAACGCCGCAUCACUACCGACAAUCUGGAGCUCAGCGCAGAUCGUCAGCUUCCAUCUGACAUGGUACAGACAGGAAGAAAAAUGCAUGUUUAACACAAAGACAUGGAGUUAUACUAUACAUGCAGAACUUUAGAAAGCACUUUCAGGACUCAAAGAUCAGCGUCUCCGUGAACUCAGAUGAAUCCACCACAAUGCAGAUUGUUUUCCAUGUCAGACCUUUAAACAUUUGCUGUGAAUUCAUAGAUUCAUCCAAAUGUACACCAGGGACAUACCACCAAUAAGGUGCUUUUAAAGAAUUGAUAAUUGGAUAAAAAAUCUGUGAGUAAGGCUUAAGGAUAUUUAUUUCAACAUUUAACUGCCAUGCGCGAAACACUGAAAUGUGCAUGCGCAAAAUGGAGCAUGCGUCAGUGUUUUCAUUGAAAAACCUGACUUGCUGUUGAAGUCAGCAAAAACGCCAUUUCCAUUAUCAUGAGAAAACGAUUUUUUUAAUGUUGAGAUAAUGGAAAUAAAAGUAUUUGAGAAAACAAACUUUGUUAUAUAAAGAUAACAAGAUUAUAAAUCAUUGUCCCAAGAUAACAGUGGGAUUAAAACAAAGGACUAUCUAUGGCCAUUCUCGGCCUCCGUACAAAACAAAACUUUUCCACUAUUUAAAUCUCCAUAAAUCAUCAGAUCAAACGGUUAAUGUGUCUGCUACUUAACUUUAAGGCUGAACUGCUUAAAAACACUACCUACUCUGUUAACAACUGCAGAUUCUGGCUUUCUGGAAAAUGGAAACAGUGGUCCGUCCUCUCUUGAAGAGAUUUUAAUAAGGAGGAUGUUAAGUGCAAUUUAGGCGUGUUUAUUUUUGCAUCAGGACAGUGUUGUAUAAAUCACUUAAUCUUCAGGAGACUCUCUCUCCUUUUUAGGCUGACUGACUUAUUGUACUCAUAAUUUUUUAAAAAUCCUGUUAACUCUUGAAUGGUUCACCAAAAGCUCCCAGCCUCAGCUUUACUUUAUCAGCUGAUCACACGACUUUACCUAAAGGAGAUUAAUAAACAAAGUCUAAAGUCAGAGUCCUUUUAAAUGAUCACUUUUAUACCAGAGAGCAGAUUUAAAGAAAUAACAGCACCCAGCAGACAUUUGGUCACAGUUUCCAGCUAAACACAGAGCAGACUGUGGUUGAGUUUAACAAGGAAACACCCUCUGAACACACACACGCACGCACAUGCACACAAGCCCACGCACAAGCAGAAACAAAGAACGCCCCAACAUUUUGACUCAUUUGUCCAGAGUUUUAGAGCAGGUCAACGAGAAACCUUUGUUUGCAGAGUCUGUAGAAAAACUGACUAACCAAUUCAUCUCUAAACCUGAAUACAACAGGAUGCCACUCCUCCUCAGAUGUUUUAAGAGAGUAGAAAAAAAAAUCUGAUAUCCAGGUCAGUGGGUAGAUAUCAGACCUUAGCUGUAGGGGAUACAGCCUGUUUUAUAAUGACUUUGUUUUUGUUGCACUUUCUGAGGCUGAUUUGAUACAAUAACACCUCUCUGAAUGAAAACAGCAGACUAUGUGUGUUUGAUGGGAUGUGUGGAAUAACUCUGCGGUGAAGUACGUCUUCAUUAUCGUCCUGACUGACAGCUCAGUCUGACGGGUGUGAAGUUCAGUGAGCAGAAACAAGAGCCUCACUUCUCGCAUGCCUGAUCAAUAAACACAGAUACAGUACACAGGUAAGAGCCCAGGUGACGCUGAUACACCUGGAUGACAGAGACAGGUGUCAGACAGAAUCAGGCCUGAAGGAUGGUGAGUCAGGGCUCAAGUAUUUAAGAUUUCUUCUGUCAGAGUUUUAUUAAAGAGCAAGAGUGUUUUACCCUUAGUGACCUCUUAAUACCAGAACCUUUUCUAUCAUUUCUGCACGUUAAAGCCCCUGUGAGGAUUUUUUUUCUUUUGACAUGAAAUUGACUUGAUGUCGAAAAGCAGAACAGACCACCAGCGGCAUGAUUUUUAGAUCGAAAUUUUUUAUGCCUGGAAGUGAUACAUGUGGGCAGUGGUUUGCCAGGCAGCUAGAAGAGUCACCCUGCUUUUAAUUUUUUUGCAUGAAAUAUUCACAAUAAAUGAGAAGUUCAAAUGUCAAAAGCCUGUAGAGUGAGAUUUUAGUCAGAGGACACUACUUAAGCAUGCAAAGACUACUUUGUCCACAGGAUGGUGCCAAAACGGACAGAAAUUAAAAGUUUUUAAAUGUUCAAAUUUGAAAAAACAAAAAUAAACAUAUAAAUGUUUUGCUGUUACCUUUUUCUGAUCUCGUUGUGUGAUCUGCAGAGUCUUUAGUCAAGUAUUUUUGAGUAAAAUUUUCUGAGCUUUAACCCUCACUGACUCAAAAGAAGAUGUUCGUCAAAAACCACAAUUUACAGCACAAACACAAAAAUGUGGAACACCGACUUAUUAAGAAAGUUAAUCAAAUUACAGCUAAUAGCAAAAAUAGGUUGAUGUAAUGUAAUUCCCACUUAUGAUGAGGCAAACAGCCACUUAUAGUAAAGGACUUUGGGGUGCCCAAUAAAUUUAUGGAUGGGGGAAGGGCACCCUGAGUUGAACCUUAAAGUCGCCCCUGAGUCUUCAUCUGUCCUCUUUCAGCAGCAGCAAAAGAGCAGCCUCCUUUCUACAGUUUCUUUAUGUCUUUCUGUGUCUGAUCUUUGGAAAAACUUAUCAGCAUGACUCCAAAUAACACAGCUCACUUUUUAAAUCAUCAGUUAUCACGUCAGGUAAUCCGUGUGUGGGCACGGCUCUACAAGACGAUCAAAAAUUGAGAGCAACGGCAACCAGCUGCACUGAACCUUUAAAACAGCAGAUUGAGAAGUUUAUCCUUAAUGUGAGACAAUGACCUCAGUCAUUGAAUAAAAAAGAAGCAACUACUCGACAUGUGUGUGUUUGUGUGUGUAUGUGUGUGUGUGUUUAAAGAGGACUCAGGCCUGUCAGCAGCUCUCAGUGUGCAGCUGUGCAUCACUCCUUUCUCAGCAAAAGCUGACGACACACACAGUCAGUAAAUUUACUCUCCUGGAUAACAAAAACAGAGUCACUUUUACAGCUAUGUACCUACUGUUUGUGUAAUAGCAGUUUCAUCUUUUUCACAUCUUUUCUUUGUUUGUUGAGGGAUUUUUUCUGUCCAACUUGCAGAUGCACUUUUAUGCUGCUGUACUUCUAGGGCAGAUCGAGGUGUAUUAGAGAGAAAAUAGAUCCUUAUAAGGCUGUGCGAUAAACCGAAAAUUUACCGAUACCGAAAUUUGCAACAGUAACCCACGUCAUUUUGCCAUGUCAGUAUAUUCAAUGUAAAAUAAAUAAAUCAAAGUUGGUUUUGGAUGUGUGUGGGUAGGCUAUGGUCUCAUGUCCCUUUAAGACGCUGUCCUAUGUCAGAGACGUGACUCCACCCCAUCCAGUCCGUAACAAAGAGGGAAAGACAGGUGAAGAGAUGGAGGAUGGUGUAAAAGUUGUAUCGUCUGGAGCGGCGGCUGAAGUAGACGAAGUUAAUGUGGGAGGGGGUGAGCAUCUUGUGGAGUAGUUAUUGUCCAUUUAUCGUUAUAGAGGUGAACUGCUCAAUAUAUCAUGAUAUUGAUUUGAGGCCAUAUCGGCCUAAUGUAAUUCAUGGAGUGUUACUGUUACCUUUUAAACCCAUUCACCUGCUGGAGUUUAACUAGAGAUAGAUGUAUGUGAUGUGUGCGUGCGUGUGUUAGUAAAUUACCCAUAAUUACUCACUAUAUUAACUUUCCCCUUGCUCUAUGUUGUAAACACACCUUGAUGUCUCUCCCUCUCCGUUUUUAAGGUGAUGACAGAAGAGAUCAAAAGACUCUUCUGAUAUAAUUCAUCUUGUAUUUCUAAAGUUUGAUCAUCUCUAUUGAUUAAAAUCACUUCACACACACACUGGAGUGAACUGAAAACAGAGAAAUCAGACAAAAACACCUGCAGGCGCAGCGUGUGAUUCACACACAAAUUAAGAUUCAGACAGAGAUUACACCUGAACAAUAGUGGAUCAGAAAUCACCUGAGGCUCUCAUUAUAUCACCUAAUCACAUACAAACACACACACACACACACACAGUCAGAGGGGUCUCUCAGAUUAAAGUGAACAUAAAUAUCAGAGCUGCGUGCUGCAGCAGGAUCUAAAACUUUGAUUUUGCUUCAAAGCUGAUUUAUUUCUUUGUGGUGAAAAGUCUAGACAUUAUUUCUGAUCCCAUCAGUGCAGACACGCGUUUCAGGCUCAAUGUUACUGAACUGUCUUCAGGGAGGUCUCUGUUGGUGUUUUCAGACGUCAUCACACUGAGCGAUACCAUCUCUCUCUCACUCUCUCUCUUUUCUUACACACUCUUUCCCUUGAGCUAGCCUCUAAAACUAAUUGAACAAAUUACAGUUUUCUACAUUUAUUGUUUUACUGUCCCAUCUUUGAGGGCUAAAGAGGUGUGGUUUUUGUGCUUGAUUAAUGCUGAUUUCUUCUGGUUGGAUGAUAAUGGAAAUCUUGGGUUCUGUUGGAGCAGAUCCUGCAGAAUGUAUCAGUGCAACAUUUCAGACUGAGCUGUAAAUGAAGUAUGUAACUUUAACUUGACUGUUUUUAACUAUUAGACCUCUGCAACUUUGACUUUCACAUUCAUGAGGGUCUCAUUUUAUGUGCAUGACAUGAAAAUAAAUACAGUCAAUCAAUCAAUAGACAUCCUUUUACAAAUAACACUGACUAUGGCUUUAAAUUGUGGCAGUCAAAUGAUUUAUUGUUUAAUCACAAUUAAUUGCAUUUUAAUCUCGUAUUUCUUUUGUUUAUUAUCCUUUUUAAAUACAAACAAAAAGUUAAAACAGACAUGGAAUAAUUAUGAGAAAAACAGCUUAAAGUUGCAGGACAGAAUAAGAAUAUCGGCAAAAACAAAAGAGGAACAUAAAGAUGUGCAAAAUAAAGUACAUGUAGAGUCUGGAUCAUACUUUAUCGAUUAUAUCUGUCAUUUAUAAGUCCAGCAGCAGCAUUACUGAGGUAGACCAAGGUAACCAUGUGUUUAAAACUCCAUUAUUUCACAUUUCAAAUAUUUUUAAGUCCAAAUGAACAAUAUGUUGAUUUGGGUAUCAAACAAAUGCAAUAAAUUGUACAUCAUAAACUUUAUGAAAAAAAAGCAUUAAAACUCCAAAUAUUAUUAUUAUUAUUAUUAUUAUUUUUACAGCGUGUGAACAUUGUUUUUCUUCAUUGCCCAUUUCCAGCUGCAGCCUGAACAAAAACAGUCAUUGCUUUUCCGUGCACAGUUCAGUUGAGCUCUGAGUCGAGCUCCAUGGUGUCCUUGUCUCAACAGCUUCAUCUUUUCCAUGUCAGUUCUUCUUCUGUACAGGUUUGCUUUACUCACAGCUUUCUUUCUAUAACUUCAUGCUGUUGGUCAAAGCCUGAUGUAUAUGACCUGUGGAGCAUGCUCAGAACGCUCAGGAUUUGGAUGUUGAAUCACUUUGGAUUUGAAUGUGGUGUAUGUAAGAGAAAUCUGAUCCACAACCACAUUAUUUAGGUGUGGUCUAACUAUGAGAAUCAUGAUUUAGUCAGACUAAUGUUAACAUGUCCUCUAAAAGUCCUGUUUCAAUCAGACUGAUGCAAUAAAUCCCACAAGUUUUAUUGUCCAAGUUUUAAACUGUUCCGUUUGUGAAUCUCUGUGUGUGUUCAGUCCAGGACAUAACCUCCUGGUAGCUCACAUGCAGAUCUCUGGACCUCUUUAUGAGCCAUUUGGAGCAGAGCUGGAGCAAACUGUGAUGCACAAGAUCUCUGUAAAGUAGGUAGUGUGUGUCCACAGUUGCAUGUUUGAUCAUAUCGUGUUCGCUCAGGCUCUGGAACUUGUUAAAAAAUGUUUGAUCAUCUGGAAACUCAUCUAGUUUGACCUUCUCUAUUUCCUUUCAUUCAACAUAUUCAGACCUGCACACUGGAUCAAAUUCAGUACUUUUUCUUGUUUGGUGCAAACGUUUUCCUAUUUAUUCCAAUUUCUUAAAAUCCACAAUUUUCCUAUUACUGCUUUACUCUGUUUGAAUUUUAUUUCAAUGGCAUCAUUCAUUUAUUUAAAAACUUUCAUUUCCUUGUGCUUUUUUACCUCCUUUUUUAAGAUAAGUUUAACCCACUGUGUUGUUUUUACACUUGACAUCGCUGUUUAGUGUGUAACUACUUUGUUAAAUAAUGUUGUAAAGCUUGAUUGUAUGAUUCUUUCAUCCAUUUCAAAGGUCCGAUCUUUCUCUACUGCUUUAUCUCACCCUGCUGCUUUCACCUAUAUUUUACACGUUUAUUGUUUUUACCUCUUUAGAUUGAACAUGUUCUGACCUCCCUGGUCCUUCAGGGCUCAGAUCAGAGUCUCAGGUUCUUGGUGUUGCCUGGGCCCCUUGGGGAUCUCAUAAGCUCUUAGGGCCUCUCAAAGGUUCUUAAGAUUUCCUGUGAUGUUGUGGUUAAUCAAGAUAAAUGUUGUUCUUGUGAUCUGUUUGAAUACUUGCUUUUCCUAUCAGUCAAAGAAAGAACUACGUAAACCCUUGUUUUAAAAAGUGCUUCAUGAUAAAGUUAUUAUUGUUGUUAUUAAAUGUAAAUCUUACAGAAAUGAUGAAAUAUUUUUAAAAACUUUUAACUGACCGCUUAACGCUACAUCAGAGUCAUCCAUUUUACAUUUUUCCCUCUCUGUGAGGACCUGAGGCUCUUCUGAACCCUUCUCUGCUGUUGGCUCAGCCUCUCUCUCUCUCUCUCUCUCUCUCUCUCUCUCUUGAUUCUCUGUCUCUGUCUCUGUCUCUCUCUCUCUCUCUCUAACUCUCUCUGUCUCUCUCUCUCUGACUCUCUGUGUGGUUCUUGGCAUCAGAUUUUCUUCUGCUUUGUUGCCAAAAGAAAACAAGUCCAACUUCUCCUCCCUCUUCUCUUCUCUCCUCUCCUCUCCUCUUUACAGAACUCUCCAGCUCUGCAGGAACUGUGUAAAAUACAAUCACCUCCACCUGAUCAAACAUGGCACUGAAUGAUAGCAGAGUUUGAUGUUCUGGGGCGUGAAGUGUGCAUUCAGCUCUCUGCAAAGUUUUGAAACAGGACAAGAUUUUCCAGAGCCUGAAUAUGUCCUACAAAUAAAACCUGCAGAAUCCAUUACUUGAUUCAUCUCAUGGAUUCAUCUUUUCUUCUUCUACAGCAUCUAGACUGACACAUAACUCCAUCACAGCACAGACAGAAAUGAGAAAAAAAAGAGUUUUCUGCGCUGAUUUUCAAGUCUGUUGUUUUGCAGGAUUAUUGUUGCAGCAGUACAGCUGCUGUUUGGGAAAAUAUUUAUGAAAUGCGAACAUGUCUGUGAAUUUUCUGUUCAGUGUGAGGAUGUUCUAGGGUGCGUGAAAAGUGCAAUCACAGUGCAUCACUUUUCAUCAACUCAAUAAGGAGAAACAGGCUGCAAAUUCAGACACAGUGCAGAUUGUCAAAAGUCCGACAGGCCUGGAGUUUUUCUCUUGUGAGGGAAGGAUAAGCAGAGUUUGUCUUUUGCAGUUACUCUCCAGUUUUGUGGGUUUCGUCCAUGUGUUUGCAGCCGGUCUGCUGUUAAUGUUUUGUGAGUUCUGUGAUUAAUGAAGAUCUGUCUCUAGCAGCAUUGAGAGAGUGUGCUUUAAACUGUCCCCUGUUUGUGUCUCCUUGGCUUUCUGUGAUCUGGUGAAUAUAUAUAUGUAGCGUUUUAUGGUUGAAAUUUAAUCAAAUCAAAGCAAAACAUACAAAUAUUUUAAAGGCAUUUGAAAAAUGAACACUACUUCCUGCACACUUUUUAUCUAGAUAGGAUUGGUAAGUUUCUACAGUUUCUGUUUCAAAACUGAGAAGUUUAAUCAAAUUCAACAUAAACUGUGACUUUAAUUAAACAAAGACUAAGUAUUAAAAGUAGUUAACAGACUUUCAGGGUCUCUUUAAAAAAUAUCUUUUAUUAGGUGGGCAUCCAGAGAGACAUCUUUACAUUUCAUGUCUUCAGGGGCUCCCUAUAGGGGCACCUAUUUAAAAAAAUAUAUUAUUAUUAUUUCUAAAUCUUAGAAAUUGAAAAGUGAUUCAAAGGGCUCUUACUAAACAGUUUAUUUAUGACAUCCAGAAGGCACUUAUUUCAACAAUUGAUACACUAAAAGUUCAUCAAGAGGGCAUAUUAUAAAUUAAAUUCACUACAAGGGCAUCCAGAGGACAAAGUUUUGCAUUUCAACCACCAAACGGCAUCAGGAGCGAACUUUUUUUACUCUUAAAAUACUGGAAAGACAUCCUCUAUUUACAUUUUAAACACAAGAAGCAUCUAGAGGGAAUUUUUCAUAUUUCACGCCCACUGAAAGGGUACACAUCAAAGGGAAUGGGGUGGCAGUGGCUGGAGCAGCAUUAGCUCAAUAGAGCGGUGGUCUUAUAACUGGAAGGUUGGCGGUUCGAUCCCCGCCCUAUUCCUUUUCUGUCCAUUGUGUCCUUGAACAAGACACUUAACCCACCUUGCUCCCAGUGUGUGUCCUCCACUGGUGUAUGAUUGUGAGUGAUGUCUGGCGGUGUUCAGAGAAGCCGUAGGCGCUUAUUUGCAGCCCCAGGGCAGCUGUGACUACUAAGGUAGUUUACCACUACCAGGGUGUGACUGUGUGAGUGAAUGAAUGAUGUAUCCAAUGUAAAGCGCUUUAAGGUCACUGAUAAAAAAUAAAAAAGUGCUAUAAAAAUCUGAUGCAUUGAUGCAAAAAGGUGCUUUUUUACACGAAACACACUGGAGGGGAAUCUAGUGGUCACUUUUCAAACCUUUUAUCCAGGAAGAGCAUCCAGGGUCAGUUUUUAAUACAUAUUUUAACAACCAGAGAGCAUAUUUCUGGCAUUUUAUGCUGAAGGGGUUUCUGGAGGGGCAAUCAUUAUUAGUAUAUUCAGUCAAGGGGCAUUUAAUGGCAAGAUUUGUUCUGCAGAUACUGAAAGGGAAUCCAGAAAACACUUCCACAGGGAACUUUGUCCCUUUAUGUUCUCUUGAGGAGCUGUUACCAAAACUAUUUAUGCAGUUGCUUGGGACAGGGCUCCAUAGAGGGCAUCUAUAUCAUUUAAGAGAGCACUUUUAAAGCCUUUCUUUCAUACACAAGCAACCCUCUCUGGGUAAACCACUGUGAAUAAUCAGAAACCAGCCUGUGCUCUUUAUGGAGAGUGUUUGCUCUGAAGGUCUGGAAUUGUGGACUUCAUUCACUUCUUAAAUAUAAGAUCGCAACAGUUGACGUGUGUGUUCAGCUCAACUACUGCCAUAAAGAAAUGGUUCAGCUGGUUUGAAUUUGAUGCAGAUGAUGAAAUUCUUUAACAUUUAAUGCUUUUAAUUUGAGUCUGAUGUUUAGCUAAAGAGAAGGAAAGACUUACAGAAAUCUGUACAAAUCUUGACUUUGUGAAAGAGAGCAUAAAGAUUUGAUAUUUUAUAUUACGAGAUCUGCAAACCUUUGACCAUGCUCGGUCAUUACAUGGUCGGUAUCUGGUGCCCCCCUUUGACCCUGCUCAUGAUGGACUCUGAAGAGACCCUCCAGAAGGUGAAUAAAGAGUAUGUUUUAUAGACUGCUGGGAUCACUCUCUUGCUGACCAACAUGUCUCAGUGAUUCCCCGGAGGAUCUUCUCGCCUCGCUCUGACUUCUUGAGCUUUGGCUGAGCAAACAGCUCAUCCCCACUCCGUGAAUCCUGCUUUUCUUUCCCCUUGCCUUCCCAACAAUCAUCUUUUGAUUACUCCUGCUAAUUAAAACUCCAACAAGCUGCCACCCGAAGCCUCCGCCCCCCUCCUGGAGUCUUCCUUCAGGUCAGCCGAGUCCCCGAGGAGCGAGAGCAAACAGGAGAACAGAGGAGGAACACACACAGUCUGUUUCUGCGGCUUCAUCCUUUCUCCUCUCCUUUUCUCCUCCUUAAUCCUGAACCUCUUUAUGCUUGUUAAGCUGCUGGAGCCGUGUGGAGCACAGGGCACAGGGCCAGGGGGUCAAGGAGGCUUCUCCAAAGAGCCCCCCUUCCAGCGGCGGUGGUCCAGGUCCUUACUGAAGAGAGCUGCAUGAAUCCUCUGCUGGAACAAACACCCGGAGCCGCACCAAACAAGAGUUUAGAGUAAAUAAGACCAAAAGUCUAAAGCCGACUCUCUGCAGAUUUUAGACCCCACACGUGUUCGACUCCUCCAGCAGCAGGAAGAUUUGCUGCUGAUAUCACAGCCUUAAAAGUUGAAGAGGGAAAAAAAUUAAAGUUUCUCUUCUGUCAUAUAUGAUUUUCCUCUUUGGAAGAGGAACACGGGCUGUAAAUUUGAUCAGAUCAGUCAUUUGGAUUGUGAGGUAACUUAUUUUUGUCUGCUUUAGUGCUGAGGACCAUCCUCUAUGACUUUUUUUUUAUUUUCCUUUAAAAAAAAAAUUCCAGAUCUGUCUUCCAAGUUUUUAAAUCUCCAGUAUAUUUAAUGUGUUCCAAAUCUUCCAAACUGCCAAAGUACGGCUAAAGACAAAGCUUCAAGCUGAGCUCCCAGAACAACUAAGACCAACAACAACAAAACCAUCCAUGCACAUAAGUUUAUUCCAGAUAACAAGAAGACAAAAUGCGUGCAACCAUGAUCAUUCUCAGUCCCAGUUCGUCACGCUGGACUGCAGAGUGUCUGCAAAGUGGGUGGACUAAACCGUGACCUUAAAACUUUGAUGUGAAUUAUGGAGUACCCGGUUAUUUAUUUCAGGCUAAUACCAAGAAACUUUCUUAAAUCCCUGAGGAACUUCCUAGAGUCAUGUUGCAUCUUUGUUCUGGUCACUGGCUCUUGUAUUUCUGUCUUUUUUAUGUCAACACUAAUCUAACACAGCAGCCCAGUGUGUUUCUGAAAGGAUGCUCUUCUUUUUUGCAUUAAGUCAUAUAUUUAUGGCAUUUAGUGAUUUAGUGUGAACUGUCAUAAUGUAUUUGUGCAGUUUACCUUCAGAGCUACCAUAGAUGUAUAGCAUCACCACCUGCACUGUUGUUUUAUAACAACGUUGAGGUUAUCCAUGUUUGAAAUGACUUACAGACACUCCCUACGAACUCCAGCAGUGCAUGUCUGUGCAGCAGCUGCUGUCAUUCAUCCAGCUCAGAGGACAACUCAUACUCAGUCGUUGCAUCAGUCAGUCUUUAUUUUUACAGCCACGGCUCACACCAAAUGAUAUCUGAAGACGCUGCGCAAAAAGAGCUGGUUUAGAUCAUACUCUUUGUUAUAUUACAUACAAAGAUCCCCACAAUGAUUUUUUUCUCUUCAAGAUCUCAUGAACAGGACCGCGAGAAAGUUUUACAUGAUAAAACUCACAAAACAGUUCUUUUAUUCCUCUGAAAGACUUGGUGUGAAGGCAGAAAACUCGGCAGAAUUAGAGUAGAAAUAAAAAUACUUGAUUUGAAAAAAAAAAUGGGCAAAAUGGAGGAGGUGAAGUGUCCAGCCUUACAGAGCAAGGAUGAUACUGUGUUUACACGCUCCGUCCUCUUUUUUUAUACUCUUUUCUCUCUACCAUUUCUUUCUGUCCUCCAUCAAAAUGAGGGUGCAGGCAGAGCGUACGUCCUGCACUCAUGUGAGAGGUGAGGGCAGUUCUUGGAGCCCGGAGGGACAUGUCAAGCCUCCUGGAGGUGUUGUGGGCUUAUUGACCUGUUAAUCUUGGUGAUGAGGUGGCUCUUGCUGCUCUUUCUUUUCCUGACAUAUCUUCAUGUCUGGGUGUUCAAGGGCUGUCUGCUGGGUUAUUUAACACUGAUAGGACAUGAAUGUUUUUAUAAAGAUGUAACGGGACAGGGUUUCCUCACUGAGAGCGUUUCCCUUUCAUUCAAGCACAUGUACCUUGUCUAUUUGAAAUUCAUAGUGUGCACAGCAGAUGAAAAUACUUGAGUUGUGGAUCGGUUAGCAUUCUGUGGUCGUCAUGUUUGAAGUCAUCUGCGUCGUCUUUGGGAUGUGACUCACUUCCAGUCUGUUUUUCUUUAUAUUUCAUCUUUAACAAACUCCGACUGACUGUUUCCUUUAAAGAGAGUCCUACGACCGCUCUUUAAGCUCUGUCAGCUUUUUACACCCAUCAGUCAUCUUUGCUUUGGGUUAUUUUCUCAUCGUAUUUUUUUCUCCAGAUUGAUGGGCUGUGUAUCUACUCUAAAGAAAAGGGCAGAUGGAUGAGCUUUAAAAUUGCAUUUGAAGUAAUUAUAAUUCCAGCCUGACAUUUCACAGUAAUUUUCUUUUGUAUUUUAAACCAAGCUUACUUUGAGGCCAUGUGUUGGCCAUGUGUUGUUGAGUUUUCAUGCACUGAAACAAUUUGCAUCAUUAUAAAACCACAGCUGACCAGCACACUGUGUGACCAGGGAGGUACUGCGCAGGAUUUAACCAAACACAGACAGAGCAGUAGAGUGGCUAUGGUAGACCAGUUUUCUCUGAGGGCUCAAAACGUCGAUGUUUUUUGCAAAAUCAUAACUGAAGGAACUAACAGAAUUAGAGUGAUACAUUUACAUACAAAGGGCAGGUCUCAUGCACCUGAAGUUGCAUCCUCCAGAGGAGAGAGUGAGCAUAACGUGACAUCUCUUUGUGAUGAUGACGGCAUUAGAUGAUUAGUCAGUCAGUAUCAACAGCUGUCUGUGUCUGCAAACACGCGUGCACUGUCACAGCUCUAAUGAAAUUCAUACUAAACACUUACUAAUGAAGAACAACCUGCAGGCCUUUAAUUUCGUGUCCUGUUUACUGUUGACAUGAAAGUAAAUAUAGAAGCGUGAAUGUCUUUACCGGACAGACUUCUUCUUCUUAAGACAGACAGAGCCUAAUUUACUUUAUAGUAACUUAAGGAGAGAUAUCUGAAAAUACAAGGGAAAUAACUACUUUCUUUUGUCCUGAUGGUGUUUAGCCCAUGUGACUCAUAUGUCAGAUGGUGAACCAAAACAAACCAGAGAAAAACUCAGAAGUAAUCUUUCAUUUAAUUGAUUUUAUUAAGUUGGUUCAAUAAUAAGUUUUUCAAAGACGAUGUUUCAUUACCAUGUUCAAGUCUUUGUAAGAGUUAAUCAAAGCUUUGUGAACACAUUUAAUUUUGCUUGUAAUAAAACAUCAACAGGUAUUCAUAUAUAAAUAUUAUGAUAAGACUGUAGAGGGUUAAGAUUAAUAAAUCCUUUAUUCUGCACUAAUUAGAGAUUACAGUGCUCCUUUACAGCUUCUAGAGCCAAAGUGUCUGUAAGAAUAACCAGUCUUUCAUCCUCCAUCCACUUUAGUCUUAUUCAUGUUAGUUAAAUUUAGCCAGUGAGUGGUUAUCGGGGAACUCCUAAGUACUAAUUAAUGUUUUAUUUAUACUAAAAGCUUAUAAAGCUUUUAUUAACAUUGAUAAAUGAUAAAUUGGUGAAUUUUUAUUGGCAAUAACUUCCCCACAAGAUGUGUUUAUUAACACUUAUUAAUAUUUCUGAUCACCUGUAUAGCCUUAUUGGUGGUUUAUUAAUUAUAAACAAAUGUUUAUUGCAAGGACCGUAAAAUAAAGUAUCACCGAAACUACUGCCAGUCUGUUACAUAAUAGUCCAAGGAGCAGCCAAUCAUGGUCCAGAAAAAAGCAGAGCUGCUCUGUAAACCAAGCUGUGGCUAUAAAGUAACUUGUUGUAUAUAUAUAUUGUUCUAUAUUAUUUAGUUUCCUCCCCUUUGUGUUCCUCUGUGUCCUCAGGUUGUUCGCCACCAAGUGCAGCGGCUGUCUGGAGAAAAUCGCCCCCACUGAGUUUGUGAUCCGAGCUCUGGAGAGCGUUUACCACCUGAGCUGUUUCUGCUGCUGCAUCUGCGAACGUCAGCUGCUCAAAGGAGACCAGUUUGUCCUUAAAGACGGUCAGCUUCUGUGUAAGAGCGACUAUGAGAGGGAGAAGGACCUGCUCAGCACUGCCAGUCUGGACUGCUCUGACUCAGGUGAUGAACCUUACCUUCUCCGAAGUACGGAGACUCACAUUCAGGCACAAAGUGGACGGCAUUAUAGAGAUGACAUGUCUGCUUGUUGACAGAUAAGAGUGAAGAUGAAGAUCUUGAUGUGAAGUCAGAUAAAGGAACUGCAACAGGAAAAGGCAGUGAUGACAGUAAAGACUCCCGCCGGCCCAAACGCCCCCGAACCAUCCUGACCACCCAGCAGAGAAGAGCCUUCAAGGCCUCCUUCGAGGUCUCCUCCAAACCCUGCAGGAAGGUGAGUACUUAACGCUCCAACCAUCCACCUGCUGUUUGUCUUCUAAAGCACAUUUUACACAGCGUCACAGCUCUUGUAGCAUAAUAAGAUAUAUAUAAUAUAUACAAUAAUUUACAUAAAGUAUAUAUAUAAUAUGUUUGAAAAGCUUCCUGAGUAUACCUGUGCUCUGACCUGCAGGUUAGAGAGACUCUGGCUGCAGAGACCGGACUCAGCGUUCGAGUGGUCCAGGUUUGGUUCCAGAACCAGAGAGCAAAGGUCAGUUCUCCCUGAAUAUUUGCACUGUCCCCCGCAGCUUUAGACUCUGCUUUCACUCACAACGCUCCAAAAUAUCUGGUCCUUCUGUCAUUUUUCAUGGCUGUAUUGGAACACAGUUGGUUUUACAGUCUUUCUGACUGGACCGCCUCCAUCUCCACCCCAACAAUGAACCCUCCUCAAGCCUCUGAGAUCCUUCGUUUUUCUUAUCUUAAUACCAGAUGUGAACGAACUGGGCCUGCUCCGCUGUGUUAAAAAUGUACCGGAGCAUGACUCGGGUUUGACUGUAGCCUCCCUGUGUAUGUCUGCAGUCUUUAUGUUUGUCCACUUUUUAGUCAUCAGUGUAAAUGGUGUCCUCUCUCAGCUGGACUGUGGUGUCUGGACAGUCAGAGGAGAGAGUUUAGAGAGAUUUCAUGGAGGAAAUAUCUGCAUCAUGCUCCAUCCCCAGAGGAAAAUAACUCCACUGGAGGCUGCCAGUCUCUGAUUUUCAGUCUUUAGAGGAGAUUUCAGCUGCCUUACAGUCUUACUGACUAAACUCAACUGUUCGGAUCCAAAAAUGGAUCCAUACUGGCAUCAAUAGACGCAGGACGACAAAUCCAAGGAUAAGUAAGACACCUGUCGACUUUUAACUGAACAUUUCCAGAGAAAUUUUUCCUUCAUGCAUUCUGGUGAAGGUGUUAAUCUGAGCACUUUGGAUGCAUUUGAAGAAAUCUGAUUGGGCAACAGCCCACUAACUCGUCCUUAUCUCCAGCUGUCCAUCAAAAGAAACAGACGAGCUUUUCUCUGCAAAGAAAGAUAUUUGCUGUUAUGUGCAAGACAAGAGUCACAUGACUGACAGAGCUGUGGCUGAGACAGUGAUGUGUUAACUAGUCUCCUCAGUAGCUUCAGAAACCUGGUCAACACACUCGUUUAGAGUUCGACAUCACGUCCCCUAACCUGAGAGGACUCGUUCAAAUGUCCUCUAGUUUGUCAGAGUCGAUUAUAACACAGUCGGAUUUUGUGUCGUCAUCCAGAUCAUGGUGAACACGGGGUCUUGUGGUUCUGGGAUUUUGUGCCAGAGGGCUUAGUUGUCUAAAACCAGUCCUUCAUCAGUUAAUCCUCCGAGGAUCAGUAAUUGAUAAUCUGUGAUUUGGUGGAAUUUGUGAGAAUAAUCUGAACAAAGUCUGAAUAUCCAGUUGGCCUUUUACUGCUGUCACAUAACUGUUUACCCAAAGAGUCUACUGUAUAAAAAUAACAACGCUGAAAUAAGUCUCUGUCACUAGUGUCUGUUUUACAGACCCGUAAGGAACACUUUGGUUUAACAUUGGUUCAGUUAGUCAUUUUACUAUUAUGCUUUAGACAAUGUUGAGAAACACAUAUGAUCCCCUGGGUUACACAACCUCAAGACUUGUUUUGGUUUGUCCACAGCACAAAGAUAUGCAGUUUUCUGUGAUAGAUGAGGAGAGAAACUGGAAAAUGUUUACAUCUAUUCACUGGAUCUCUAAAUACUCUGGUUACGUUUGAUAACUGAUUGCAGCUCCAAAGUUUGGUUAUAUUUUCUCUUUCAAAGAUGUAGCAUUAUGAGAGUGAAUAUAAAGUUGGACGCCAGGUUUUAAUGUGGUUAAAGUUUCAGUUAAUGAGGUAAAUUUUCCCUAGAUGAGAUUCUUGGUUGCUCUGAACGGCGCGAUUAUAAAAGACAUUCUGUCACAUCUAGACGGGAUAGUUAUAAAUCUGCAGAGUGUAACGCACUGAGGUGUGAUGGUGGGUUAAAGUUGUAUUUCCUCUGAUCCUCCCUCAGAGGUGGUAAAGAAAGUGGAAUAGGGGGAAGACGGUGGUGUUGAGUAUUGUCAGAGCAGACAGGGUGGAACAGCUCAGUGUGUGCAUAUCUGUGUGUGUAUAAGUGGAGUCCCUGCUUUGUGUUAUAAAGCCCUGCCUUUUGAGUUCCUGCAAUAAAAUAUAAUGGUAAUGACACUCUGGGACACCAAUAUUAUGUCUUUUCAGGGUGCAGUGAAAGUACAACGGUAUCAUGACUGGGAAACUCUAUCACUAUUUUUGUCCCUUUCAGUGCCAAGGUCAGAAAUGGAGUCCAAAUAUUUUACCAUAUUUAAUUGUUUGUCAUUUUAUAUAAAGACAAACGACUUAGUCAGAUGGCAGCAGUGGAAGUGGAUUCUAGAGAGCAGGCUGAUAGGUAGAGAAUGGGCUCGUAGUGCUGGGGAAAAGGGCUUUAAAGAGAGCAUUUUUUUUCCAAACAAGCUAAACUAAGAGAGAAUAGAGGAUUUUCAUAGACAUCAGCCUCAAGCAAGCUGAGUUUUCUUCCACUUAAUUCUUAUAAUACAUUUAGAAAGAUUGGCAUGUUAAGAUGCUCCUGUCAGGUGUCGUAAUCUUUUUCAUCUGCUCACAAAUUCCCAUGCACAGAGCAAAGAUGACAAUGUGAAAUACAUCCAGUCAGUGUUUUUUGAACUUCAUGUUAACUCUGCAUCCUGCUGCCCCAUCAGGAAGAAAAAUCACUUUUGUUUUUAGGCUGUAAACAUGUUAUUUCUGCUGUAAAGUCAGACUUUUUAACAUGGGGCUCUGUGGGGACUGCCCUCAGACUGUUUGAAUCUUGGAUGCAGUCUCAGUCACGUCACCCUUAGGUUUCUGCAGAGGCCUUUUGAGCUGCAAAGACGGCAGUAAUAAUUUUGUAAAUAAUGAAUCAAUCUAACUUUGCAUCGGUCUAAUACAGGCAAAGAGUUGGAGCUAAGUUGGUUCUUUAACUUCAGGGAAAACAGCUAAAAGCACAGUCAUGCACCUAGAUAUGCUUUGAUCUAAACCUUUAUACAAUUUUAACAGUUGUGUUAUAAAAAUCACCCCCUAAAAAGUUUGUAUGAUAAAAUAAAUAAGUGAUAUAACCAAAAGCGGUUUUGUACAAAAAUGUAAACAUGUGUAUUUCUGCUGUGAAAUUGGACAUUUUAAUAUGGGGCUCUAUAUGAACCAACUCACUCCAGGACACAACCUCUAGUGGACACUCUGGGAACUACAGGUUUUUAUUGUAUUUCUGCAUUGGCUUCUUAUUUUAGCCAAGAGGGUUACCCAUCAGAUAAACCUUUUUGAGAUGUAUUAGAAAGAAAAUAUUUAAAUGCAUGAAUUAAAAUUUCUCCAGGCUCUGUAGUUUAUUAAGAACAGUUUCAUAAAGCCAAGAAACUUUGUGAAAAAAUCCUUCUAGGAAUAAAAUAGCCGGAGCAGAGCCAAAACCAGACAUAUAGACUUUAUUUCAUCCAGAAUUUUUCUGCUGUUGUCUGAGAAGACCCCGCUGAAAUGAUAUUUCAUAUCUGGCAAUUUGAUGAAGAAAAUUUUAAGAGCGCUGCACCACCUCAGUGCCAACAAUGUAUCAAUACGCAAAUGAAAAUAGUCCCAAGACCCCCCACUUUUUCCUCUCUUUGCUUGACUGAAAACUAUGAACCUUUUCCCACCUUUUGAUACCCAAACAUUACAUUUAGUUUUGAGAUUUGAAAUUUAAAAUAGAUAAUUCAGAAGUGGUUGACAUCUGUGUGUUGUUUGUUCAGUGUUAGCCGCAUGCUCAUCUUUUUACUGUGCUUAUUUAUUUACAGAUGAAGAAGUUAGCGCGCAGACAGCAGCAACAGCAGGAGCAACACAGCAACCAGAGGCUGGGACCAGGUGAGGGUUUAUCAUCUCUGCCUGUGUGUGUUUAAACAGUGGUGUUUAUCUGCUUCCUGUGGUCUUUCAAAAAAAAAAAAAUCAGUGUGUUUGGUCUUUUACAACAGAAAUGACAGGGAUUACUCACAGCCAUGUGAUUCCUGAUUAAUUUAGAGGAACAGUCUGACCUUGAAAUAUAUUAUAGGAAAAAUAAACAGAGAAGUCACUCAGCAAACACUCGAAGCUUGUCGUCUUCUUACAGAGUCCUGCAGUAACUCCUCUGCAAGUAAAUAUCACUCAUUCUGCAGGUAAAUCAGAGUUUCUCCAUGUUAAGGCAGUAAAAUGAGGACUCUGUGCAGUUCUCCUCCUGCAGCCUUCAGGCUUAUUGUCUCUGCGGUCUCACGGCGGAUAUGAGCAGACAGUUUAGAUAAGUGUCUCAAGGCUUUGGCAGGCGCUGCCUCUCUCUGUUCAGGGACUUCCUGCGUGUAAAUAUUGGCAGAGCAGUGGCUUUAUUACAGUGAAGCUGCUGCUGUUAACCAAAUGAGCUGAGCAAACCAGCAAACGGAGGAUGUUUGAAGACGAUGUUAGGAUGAGAUGAAGCCUCCUGCAUGAGUGAAGAGACAUCCUACAGAUCAAACACACGCUCAGUUUACACAAUGACUUUACAAUAAACUGAUUAGACUGUGUGCAUUUAAAGGGAACUGUUGGCUGCAGCAGUCUGUGGAUGCACAGGCCGUCUGCAUCCACAGGGAUGAGAGCACUGUCUCGGCUUUUGAUAUCAUUAUAUAGUCAGUUUAAAUUCAUGCAGCUGUAAGAGAAAGGAGGCCAAUAAAGUUUGUGUUUAUCUAAGUGCAUAGACCCACAACAAAUUCAGGCAGACCAGGAUCAGUUUUCAAUUUGCAAGUUCAUGGUCUCAAUCUCUGCUUUAGACUUUUUCAGUAAUGCAUGAUGUCCACUUAGUAAAUUAAGGUCGCAUUUAGGGUCAAAGAGACCAGAAGGUAGGGAAGGAGUUAGACAAGAAAUAUCAGAAACUGACAAGUAGAUACUACACUAGCUUAAAAAAGGUCUUACUCCUAAGGGCAUUUUGAGUCUUUUAUCCAAAUAUGGCCACUUCUUGCACCAUAAAAUUACAAAAUGGCAUUGGUAUAAACAAUGAGCUUCAUGUUUCUAAAUGGUAGUUUACCAAGGACAGAAUAAAGACUAUCCUGAGCAGAGUCAGGAGUCAGGAGCUCAGUCAACCAGAUUACCCUCCCUCCAAAAUGCGUCAUCAUUGCAGCAUGUCAGCACCCAUCAGAGAGGAUUUUGGUUGAACUCUUUUUGUGGAAAAAGUCAGUGAGUAGUCCACAUUUCAUGGCUGAUGCCAGUCCAUGUCAGAGUUGUGGUGAAACUGAAACCUGCAGCAGCAAUAGACCAAUAAAAUUCAGCCUACAUCCAAUUCCACAAUUUACAAGCCUAGUCGUAGGUGAACAACUUGGUCCACCCAUGACGGGAUUCUGUAACUUAUAAAACCAGCCUACACAGGGAGGUAACUCUGCACUGUCUGUGUAUUCACCACAGCUGGAAAUCGCUUAAUAACCAGUGGAUCCAGGAGGACUUAAUCAAGGGUGGCAUGAAAUUAAAGAGCACACAAAUAAAUAAACAAAUAAAUCUGACAUUUCUGUCUAUGUUGCUCAUAUCCACUGAAACAUGAAAGUAUUGAACAGUUGUAUUAUUUUCAGUGUGUAAUUUUUUAAAGCUCCUGUGAGGUCUUUUAGAUCUUUUUAGCUAGUUAGAAAACAGGAUGAAAUUCAAACUGAUGUCUGUUUUUAACCUACAAAAUCAAUGAACACCAGAUUGACAUUCUGAUAUCUGUGACCGAUACUGGAGGAUAUGUGUCAGCCGUACAGCUAUUGAAACAGCCCUUAUUUAGGUUGUAUAGAUUUUAUAAAAUUUUCACAAUAAAAGAUAAAGUUGAUGCCGCAAAAGUCUACAGGAGAUUUUUUUGGCAGAUGACACUGACAGGAUGAGAUAAGCAAAGACCCCUUUGUCCAAAAUUGACACAAAAUUUCACAACUCCAGGGACCAACUUCUGAAAAAGUGUUGCAUCUGUUAAAACACAGGCGAAAUAGCCGAUUAAACAUAAGUCCUGCCUCUGAUAGGGCCAGUCAUAGUCUGGGAUGUUGAGGUGGCCAAUCAGACAAAGAUGGCACACACUCAGAACGUACUCCUGCAACGAAUUAUCGAAUAGCUGACUUAUUUCAUAUCUAUUCAGACGCCCCUUUUCUGUUCAUAAUAAUAAAAAAAUUAUAAUGAUGACAUUAGAGCAGCUUGUUCUGAGUUGUUUCCUCUGUAUUUCUCAGACAUGUUAUCGAGCUGUAUGGAGGGUCUGCUCAGCUCGUACUCAGGGCCCCUCCCUCCAAACAACCAACAGCAGCAGCUGGUUACCAUGGAGACCAAUGGGUACAACACAGACCCCUUCCAGCAGGGCCUCACCCCCCCACAGAUGCCUGGAGACCACAUGAACCCCUACGGUGAGUUUCUCUGACUUUACCCGUCGGUCAGUGUUUGCUUGGAUGUCUCAUUACUGAUCGUCUGUGUCCUCUUUGUUUCCUGACUCACCUGCAUACACCUUCAGAGUAUGAAAGUCUUCAGUGCACAGAAGUAAAAUCAAGUGUCAGUCAGUAACUUACUCACAUCAACACCGUAUUCGUUCCUUUUUUUUUAACUCAGUGCCCCACAUCCUUUUUAUCAUUAAUUUUUUUCCUCCUCUUGGAAGUUUUUAUUCGGGUAUUUUUACCCCUUUUUUAGAGAAAAAAAAAUCCUCCCCUGCAGUUAAAAUUAUUAUCUUAUUAUUAUUACUUCGUUUGUUUUUUUUCUCUGUUACUCUGAAAUGACUCAUACUGACACUUUUUCUUGAAUGAUGACCAAGAUUGCUUUUGAUCAUGUGUUGGUUAUUUGGUAAUAUCACCCUUUGUGAUACUGUACUGUUAAUUAUGUGUUUUAACUCUAUAUUCCUCCUAUCACUUGAUCUUAGAAAUAUAGUAAACAUAUAUUUAAAAAAAACUGUGUAAAGGAUCAAUACCUGUAUUUAGAAUCAAGGAGAAUUCAUAGUUUCAUGCUUAACCUUACAGUAGGUGUCUGACUCCUCGUCUCCUCUCUCUGUAGGCACUGACUCCAUCUUCCAGGACAUUGACAGCGACACCUCCCUGACAAGCCUAAGCGACUGCUUCAUGACCACGCCUGAUGUCAGCUCCUUACAGGGAAACCCUAUCGACCGCUUGUACUCCAUGCAGAGCUCAUACUUUGCCUCCUGAGACCAUCCUCGAUACCACGAACCACCCUCCUUCCUCACUGCUCCCCAAGCAAUAAAACAGCUGUGCAGUAACAGGACACACUGGAUUCUCCUGCAAGGCAAGAAUCAGGGUUACAGCAGGGACACGGACUGCAGGACAUGAUCCUCCAGAGAGACCUGUCUGAGCUCAAAGGACAUGGAAAAAUGCUUUGGAGCUGAAGCAGAGACUCUGAUUUUUAAGAUAUGUUUAGUUUGUUGAAGCAAUCCCAGUCCGUAUUUGUACAGACAUCGUGUUAUUUGUGAUCUGAAAGUUUAAGCUGCAACAAGGAGCUGCAGAAACAUCAGACUGUGACACAAUUAAUCCGUUUAUUAAUGAUGUUGUGAGUUGAUUUAAAUGAAAGAAUUUAGCAGAUAAAGUUUUUUGGUGCAAUUUUAUAAACAACCAGCUCUACAAGAAACUGAUAAACACCAGUGUUUGAUUGUAAAUAAUAAUCUGAAAGUCAUUUCUUUUUUCUCAGAAAUAUCCAGAUUUGCAUGUUUGGAUGAACAACAAUUUAUUUAUUUCUCUCACCAAUGUGCUCACAAACUUUAAAUCUCAGAUUUCUAUUUAAGAGGCACAAACUUAUCCCACCAUGGUGUACAUAAACACAAACAUCCUGAUGUAACUCCUGUUUGUUUCUGCUAUUUAUAAAGUUUUGUGCUGUUUUAAUGUGUACAUCGGUAAAGCUUUGCUAUUUAUUUUUCUCACUGAAAAAGAGUGCAUGAUGAAUUUGCUAACUUAUGAAAAGUGUUGGUAUUUCAAAUAAAAAUGCAGUCUCUUGA